AUGGGUUUCCCAGCAGAAAAAUUAGAAGGUGUAUAUAGAAAUCACAUUGAUGAUGUUGUAAAAUUAUUGGAAUCAAAACAUAAAGAUCAUUACAAAAUAUAUAAUUUAUGUUCGGAAAGGAAAUAUGACAUUCAUAAAUUUCAGUCCAGGGUUGCAAAUUAUCCUUUCGACGAUCAUAAUCCUCCACAAAUUGAAUUAAUCAGACCAUUUUGUGCAGAUGUACAUGAUUGGCUUAGUCAGGACAAAAAAAAUGUUGCAGCUGUUCAUUGCAAAGCUGGUAAAGGAAGAACUGGAGUUAUGGUUUGUUGUUACAUGCUACACAGUAAGCAAUUUUUAAAAGCAGAAGAUGCACUUAGUUAUUAUGGGCAAAUGAGAACUCAUGAUAGAAAGGGUGUAACCAUUCCAAGUCAAAGGCGAUAUGUUGGAUAUUGUGCUGAUCUCAUAAGGGAGGAGCUUGAAUAUAAAGCGACAACAAUAGUCAUAAAAGAGAUUAGGUUAGAUCCUCUUCCUCUUGCUUUUAAUGGAGGGCAAGGUUGCCUGCAGUUUGUGAUCUCAAAUUCAAAGGGAAAAAUAUACAGCUCCCCGAUUCAUGAAGUUAAAAAAGGUGCCACUCAAAUGAUACUACCUAUACAGCGAUACAUCGCAUUGACUGGAGAUAUUAAAGUAGAAUUUUUUAAUAAGCCCAAAAUGAAAAGAAAAGAAAAAAUGUUCCACUUUUGGUUUAAUACCUUCUUUGUCAGGGAAGAAGUAGAGCACUUUGACACUUACAUAAUUAAUGGCAAUGAAGAAAUUAAUAUGAACACGACAACAGUACAAAAUUCUGAGAAUAGAGCGAAUAGAGCGUUAAGUUAUGAUGAGCAAAGUAAAACUCCGCAAAUAAAAACGAGUAGGACCAAUUCAUUAACAACAUCAAGCAUUUUAAAUUCCACUUCAAUCAAUGUAGGAACUGGAGGUAGCAGCCCCAUUGGAACAAUAUCAACCGUUGCAGCAGCCACAAUUCAAAGUUCAACACAAUCACCAAUUAACGAUGGAACAAAUAAUGCUGUAACGAUUAAAAACAAUUCGGCUAAUUCUUUAUCAUUGAAUGCGAAUGAUAAAGCUUCUGGAAAUAUGGAAAAGGAAAAAAUGAUCUUAUUAAGGCUUAAUAAAUCAGAACUCGAUGAUGCUCAUAAAGAUAAACAGAAUAAACUUUAUAGUCCUAAUUUUCAAGUGAGCUUGUAUUUUCAUAACGUGCCUGCAACUAGUUUGCCACGAACAAUGGAAACCAGCUCAGCUCCUCAAACUCAGUUUCAAGACACUCCUAGUGAAUCAUCUGAAGCUGAAUCGAGUGAUUCGUCCACUGCUGAAGAAGAAGAAGAAGAGGAAGAAGAUUGGGAAUCUGGGUUAUCGUGA